UUAGCAGCGGUUAGGAAAUAGUUCUCUUUCAAACAUAUCGUUAGUGAACCAUUUGCAAAAUUCAACGUUUUUACAUUGGCAAGCAGAGUUUACCACUAGCAGCUGCUGUUGGCAACACUUAUGAAAUGUUGAGUGUUUUUGUUCAUUUUUGUAAAAAAAGAAAUAACCUUUUGUACGGUGAUUGUGUGGUUGAGUUUUUAAUAUAGAUAAGGAUUCUAAAAUCUGACACAACAAUAGGAAGAAUGAGUAACUUACAGGAGAGACUUUUCUGCAUAAGCAAGAGGGAAGGUACUUCACCUGGGAACAAUUCAGGAGUAAGAGCUAGUGAGGAUGAGUACCGUAAAAAAACAGUGAGAGAAAGAAGAGUUACGAAGGAACUCCGCGACCUCCAAAGCCGCCAGAAUUCGGACUCUGACCCCUCUUUCACUGUAGACUUAGUAAAUGGUAACCUCUUCCAGUGGGAGGUCAAGCUUUUCAAAGUGGACCGCGACAGCGACUUCGGCAAAGACAUGGAACACUUCGGUGUGUCCCACGUCCUCCUCCAAUUGAGUUUCCCUGAGAACUUUCCCUUCUCCCCGCCCUUGAUGACCAUCCAAUCCCCUACGAUAAAGAAUAGUUUCUUCAUGGAUUGCGGAAUCGUUCGUUUGGAAAUUCUCAACCCCCAAUGGUGGACCCCUGCUUAUACUGUAGAAGCAAUCAUAAUGCAGUUUGCUGCUUGUUUGGCGAAAAGUAAUGCACGGAUCCAGCAGGUUCGAAAAGAGGAGCGUGCUGAAAACAGCUUCUGGAUUUUUUUUGAAUAUUAUUUCAAGCAUGGGUUGGAGAUCGAUUGAAUGACAAUGUCAUUGUAUCCUAGAUUCUGUUGAACAUACUGUCCAGAUAGUUUGUAAUUUUUCUGCUUUAUUGACAGUAGUUGUUUUGAGUAGGUUUCUCAACGUUUUUAAGACACAAUUUAGUAAUAUCUUUUGGGGGUCAAUCAUCAGGAAUAAAUUAUGUGUUGUAGAGAAACUCGCUCAAAAUAAAUGACAGUUUAAAACUCCAAAAAAACAA